AUGGCAGAAGAAUGUAAAAUACCUGUAAUACAUAGUAGAAGUGCUUCUCAAGCUUCUACAAAUUCAACAUUAUCAUCUAGAUGUGAUGGAGGAGGUGAUGCUUCCCAAGUUCUAAACAAUGUGCAAAUUAGACGUACUUCAAAAAUAUAUGGAACACCUGCUCGAAAAGCCAAAAGAAUUCGUUUCUUUAGAAAUGGUGACAGAUUUUUCAAAGGGGUUGUUAUGCCAGUUACUCCAGAGAGAUAUAGAUCUUUUGAUAGUUUACUCUCUGAUGUCACCCACACACUGAAAGAUCAUGUAAAUUUACCAAAUGGUGUGAGAGCUUUAUAUACAUUAGAUGGAAAUAAGAUUUCCGAUAUUGAUGACCUAGAAGAUGGAAAAUGUUAUGUUUGUUCUGGACAAGGAGAAACUUUUAAACGUAUCGAAUAUUUGAAUUUGUCUUCUAGAAAAGUAAAACCGAGUAAAACAUUUGGAGGUAUACGCCUAGAUGUAAAUAGUAGUCCAAGAGUUCCCAAAACUCCUUCAGAUUUUAUAAGGCCAAAAGUUGUGACUUUAGUGCGUAGCGGAACGAGACCUAGAAAAAUAAUUCGUUUGCUAUUAAAUAAAAGAAAUGCGAGAUCUUUUGAACACGCAUUAUCCAGCAUCACGGAUGCUGUCAAAUUAGAUACCGGAGCCGUGCGUAAAGUUUACAAUAUGGCGGGAAAUCAAAUAUACGCUCUACAACAAUUUUUCGAAUUUGAAUCGGUUUUUUUUGUGUACGGUUCGGAAAGAUUCAAUCCGGAUGAUUUACACUUGGAUUCUGAAGAACAUAAAGCAAUUCAAGCGCACAAAAAAGGAUUUACGAAUAGUAGGAGGUCAGGUUUAAUGAACGAAGGAAACGGAAGCACUCGUAAAAUAUCAAUGAAAAGAGCUUUAAAUCAAUCCAACGACCAAAGAGACGUAGAACCCAUAGUACCAUCUCAAAUCGGAUUAAAAUAUAAAAUCGGUAAAAUAAUUGGCGAUGGAAAUUUUGCUGUCGUUCGACGAUGCAUCGAUAGGCAAGUUAAAAUCGAUUAUGCCGUGAAAAUAAUUGACAAAUCAAAAUGGAAGGGAGAACAUCAGAUAAUCGAAAACGAAGUUGAAAUAUUGAGAAAAGUUAAUCAUCCGAACAUAAUUCAACUUUUGGAUGAAUACGAUGAUGCCAACGAACUUUAUUUGGUCAUGGAAUUAGAGGAGGGUGACUUGUUCGAUGUGAUUGCGAGUUCGAAAAAAUUUCCCGAAGACGAAUCACGAUUGAUGAUUAAACAUUUGUCUUCCGCAUUGGCAUACCUUCACAAUCGCCGAAUAGUACACAGAGACAUAAAACCGGAAAAUUUGUUGGUACGAUUAGACGAAAAUAAAAAAGUUAGGUCGGUUAAAUUGGGAGAUUUCGGACUCGCACAAGUCGUUACGGAACCCUUGUAUUCGGUAUGCGGAACGCCGACUUACGUGGCACCAGAAAUUUUAUCCGAAUCGGGAUACGAAUUAAAGGUUGACGUUUGGGCUGCCGGAGUACUUCUUUACAUUCUUUUAUGCGGUUACGCACCGUUUAGAACGAGUUCAAACGAUCAAGAGGAUUUAUUCGAUAAGAUAUUAACGGGAGAAUUUGAAUUUAAUUCCCCAUAUUGGGACGAUAUAUCAUCAUCGUCAAAAAAUCUCAUAUAUAACAUGUUGCAAAGGUUUCCGGAAGUUAGGUACUCGGCAGAAAACGUUUUAAAUCAUCCGUGGCUCUCGGUAGGUACGCAGAAAUCGACAGAUCUCAAUCUCUCAAUUCAAAUUGUGGCUCGUAAAUCGGAUUAG